AUGACCGAAAAUGACUAUGAAGUAAUCAAGACGACUGAGGAAUACCAGCUUAUAAUAAACUCCUUUGAUCUCUCGCCUACUAGGUGGUGGAAUAAGAGGCAGCUCACCGCAAAAAAUACCUGGAACAUCCCAGAUCAUCUCUCGUGCCUGUGGGACGAUCUUGAGCUGGUCAUCGCUCGGGAUGGUGGUACGCAUCCGCUGUUCCCCAUGAGAAUAGAAUCACUUCUCCUCGCACUGCUCGCAGAUAAGAUCAAGAAUGAGUCACUUCAUACUGGCGGGUCCCUGAAUUUGCCCCACUGGAGCUUUCGGAAGCGGAUACUCACGCGAGAAAUGGAAGACGACCAAAUUCUAGCUCCGAUGAAUAUCAUCGAUUAUGUUUUGUGGUAUGGCCACUGCUGGGAGCUCGAGACAAAUAUGAUCGUUAUGAAAACUAAGCUUCCGGUGUCUCGGAGCUGGGCUCUGCUACAAAAUAUGGCGAGGAUUCAUCAUGCUCGCAAGCUUGCAGGAAGAGAUACAGUUAUCUACGGUAUUAUGACUGAUGGAAUUAAAUGGGUAUUCAUACAUCUGACUCAUAAACGUCGGUAUACAAUCAAGGUAUUCUCUUGGGACAAUGAGCGAGACCGGAUUGUUGCCCAGGCCCAGGAUAUAAUCGACCAGGCAGUUGCUCUUCACAGAAAGAUAAUAUCCCGCUCAUCUCUGCCUACACCUACUGUUCAUGAAUCUAGGCGCUGUCAAAUUAAAGAGAUGCCUACUCCAUGCAAGGACUCUGGUGAUGGGAAUGGUCGUGUAAUUGAGGAGAAUACCUAUGAGAUGGGACCCUUGGUCUGCGCAGAUUACCCGGCCAUUAAAUUGGGGGCGCAAUUACAAAAUGGCUUAGGGCUCCUUGAUCAACUGAAAGCCCUCGGGAUCGACCGACUAGAUACUGCAGCCCGCUAUUCUCCAGGGAAUCCGGGAGGCUCCGAGAAACUUAUUGGUGAAGUUCAGGCAGCCUCGCAGGGCUUUACUAUUGACACCAAAAUUAACAUACCGGACGCGGCCAUUGCUGAUGGAGCUGGAUCCUUGACUGCCGCUGCUAUCGCAAACUCAAUUGACACAAGCUUCGAUCGUUUGAAGGUCGACAAAGUCCACAUACUUCACUUUCAUCGAUCCGAUCCCGUAACGCCUGUCGCGGAGCAGGCGGCGGAGAUUCAAAAACAGUAUUUGGCUGGUCGCUUUGAGAAGUUCGGUGUCUCUAAUUUCUCGACUGAGGAGGUCGCUGAGCUUAUCGCGGUGUGCGAAGAAAACGGCUACAUCAAACCGAGUGUUUUUCAAGGCCGCUACAACCUGAUAGAUCGUCAGAUGGAAGAAUCGCUCUUUCCCUUACUCCGGAAACAUAAUAUUGUUUUCAAUGCAUACAGGUAUGCCUCGAUAUCAUGGUUUAUGCCAAUGCACCCAAGUUUCCAGUCACUAAUUAAGCAUCGCAUCCUCCAAAGUCCACUGGCCAGUGGUUUCCUGACAGGCCGCGCAACCCGAGGUGACGUUGAAGGCACUCGGUUUUCACCCAACAAUCAAAUUUCCUCCGCAUUGAAUAGCAUGUAUGACAAACCCCAUAUACAUACAGCUAUGACAGGCCUACUAGAUACUCUCGAACCACUCCAAAUCAGCGGCUCUGAGGCUUGUCUCAGGUGGAUUUACCAUCACUCAGUCCUAAAGGAGGGCGAUGGUGUGAUCUUGGGUGCUAGCAAGCUUCCGCAGAUUGUGCAGAAUGUCGAUGAUAUAGCCAAGGGCCCUCUACCGGCCGAAGUGGUCAGAAGUAUUGACUUACUUUGGGAAGAGCUUCAGAAAUAA